AUGUCUUCACAGGCUGUCCCGGACACGCAGCUAGGGCUUACAAACGAGGAGAUCCAGCUGCUUCGCCAAGGGCAGGCGGCACUGGGAGGGGGGUCCAGCAGCUCGCGCGCCGCCAGUCGUGCAAGCAGCCAAGGCCUUCUACUACUUGACAGCACCUCACUUUCUGCGUUAGGUCGUUACUUCGACCACCUCAUGGCCAGUAUCGAGCAACGGAUCAACUACCUGAGCCACGAAGCGCAGCGUUUCACUCAACUGCAGUACGACGAAGCUGAUGGGAUCAUUGGCGGUGCCGAUGCAGAAAUUGCUCGUUAUACCGAGAUUCUUCAGCAGCUGGAUGAGCUUGAGGUGGAUUUUGAUCGUAUCGCUCACAUCAAGGAGAUUGUCAAGGGUUACAGGUCAAGAGUUGAGAGCUUAGAAAGAGACCUCGAGAGCAGCGGUAGCUCCAGCCGACAUCAUCGGCACUCAUCGUCACAUCAUUCCUCGUCACAUCGCAGUCAUGGCCACUCCCACCGUCACAGCAGCUCUCACCGCUCAAGGCAUUAA